CAGCAUGUGGAAAACCGUGAAGAUGGCCAAGGACGACUCCGCUGUUCGUUGCUUCCAGGGCCUGCUGAUUUUUGGAAAUGUGAUUAUUGGUAUGUGUGGCAUCGCGCUGACUGCAGAGUGCAUCUUCUUUGUCUCAGACCAACACAGCCUCUAUCCACUGCUUGAAGCCACCAACAAUGCUGACAUCUUUGCGGCAGCCUGGAUCGGCUUGUUUGUCGGCAUCUGCCUCUUCUGCCUGUCUGUUCUAGGCAUUGUAGGCAUCAUGAAGUCCAGCAGGAAAAUUCUUCUGGCAUAUUUCAUUCUGAUGUUGAUCGUAUAUGCAUUUGAAGUGGCAUCUUGUAUUACAGCAGCAACACAACGAGACUUUUUCAUACCCAAUCUCUUCCUGAAGCAGAUGUUGGAGAGGUACCAAAACAACAGCCCUCCAAACAAUGAUGACCGGUGGAAAAACAAUGGAGUCACCAAAACCUGGGACAGGUUCAUGCUCCAGGACAAAUGCUGUGGUGUGAAUGGUCCCUCAGACUGGCAGAAAUACACGUCUGCCUUCCGGACUGAGAAUAAUGAUGCCGACUAUCCCUGGCCUCGUCAGUGCUGUGUUAUGAACAAGCUGAAAGAACCUCUCAACCUGGAGGCCUGCAAACUAGGUGUGCCUGGUUAUUAUCACAAUCAGGGCUGCUAUGAACUGAUCUCUGGACCGAUGAACCGACACGCCUGGGGGGUUGCCUGGUUUGGAUUUGCCAUUCUUUGCUGGACUUUUUGGAUUCUCCUGGGUACCAUGUUCUACUGGAGCAGAAUUGAAUAUUAAGAAUAUAGUGUCACCACAGUACUACCUUCCCCCAGUGACUCUAGAUUUGGUGCUGGAACUGCUCUCUCCUAAUACUCGACAUGUCUGCCCCACAGGGACGUCUGAAUGUUCUCACUUAAGCUGUCAAAUCAGUUGGUAUGAUGUUUCUUUAGGCUCUCAGGCUCCUGCAAUUCUCGCCACUAGUGUUUUCACCCCGGUCUAGAGUUCUGUGACAUUUUUAUGGACUGUGGGAGAGGGAGAAUUUGGAAAUUAGAUAAUAACUACUGUCGUCUCUGUUUAUUUUUAAUUUGGGGACAUAAAGACAUUCAUAAGGACCUGAGUUAUCGCAG